GUCGUCUCUUCUGCUCCUUCUGCUCCAGCAACCAUGACCACCGCCACCCCUCGAACGCCCUUCACCCGCGACGAUAUCUCUAUCGCUACACGUGCAGCAGAUAGCUUCACUCGCAUCUAUUACAACACCUAUGACUCCUCUACUAGGGUGGCGGACCUGCCCAGUUUCUACCGGUCUUCGUCGUCUUUGUCCUGGAACGGGACGACAAAGCAAGGCAUAGAUGGUCUCAAGGAGCUCAUUACGAAAAUGCCUCCAACGAAGCAUGAGAUGCAAUCAUUUGACUGUCAUCCCAUACCUGGCACAUCACCGCCCUCGCUUCUCGUUACGGUGUCGGGGAAUGUCGUUCAUGGACGCGGUCCGGCUGGCAACCCACAUACUACUGGUGCAAAGACGAUAGACGGCCACGGUCGUGUCUUUUCCCAGACGUUCAUGUUGGUUCCAGACGCCACAGCCGCAUCCACGAAAGCAGGAGAGGUUGGAAAGUAUUACAUUAGCGCGGAUGCGCUAAGAUUUGUUGGUUAAUUACUACAGUAAGCGCCAUUUGAUUGAUCGUGGCAACGUCUCAUCGUUCCCCCAGUUUGUUUUGUAUCAUUUUACCCGAUGCCUAUGGGCAUGGACUCCACCAACCUCUCAGAAUAUAGCAUUGUAUCAUACCCCAUAUCGUCGACUGUAUCUUUAAGUUCCCUUAUUCUCCGUCUCCCUCUAUUUAGAAGCU